UAAACCUAACCCAGUAACCCCCAUUCGGCAAUUCCCCCAAGCCCCACUUCCAAACGAACCCUAGCCCCUCUCUCCCUGCUCCAUAGGUCUCACAGCCUCGCUCUCUGCAACUCCCAUCGCCGGUGAGAGACCUCCUCCCACCACCUCGCAGCCACCGCCACCUUCCUCCCAGCGCAGCCCUUCCACUGCUCCCACCCAGGACCUCCUCGCGGACAGAGCAGCCCAGCACUGCAGCACACAGCCAGCGCCCAGCGCCCAGCAGGUCGGCACCACCCUUGCAAGUCGCACCCACCACCACCCUCAAUCCCUCGCAACUCGCAAAUCGCACCCAGCAAGCCAGGACCACCCACUCACCCAGGACCACCCAGCGGACACAGAGCACCGUAUCAAGUCAGAUAUGGAGCCCGAGCCACCGAGUCAGUGAUUUAGUAUGAUUUAUCAAGUGUUGGAGGUUCUGGAUCUUGAUAAUGUUAGAUUGAAGGUAACAUAUAAAUGGAGAAGUCUUGGAACUUGGGCGGUUAAGGUAUAAAGGUGGACCAUCAUUACCAAGGAAGUUGAUCUCGCAGGGUGCUACACAGAAGCAAUAUAGUGUUGAGGUUUACCCACUCAUUUUGAAGUUGACUGAUGCCAGAGAUAAGAGUGUGUCAACUGUAAAAUUAAGCAAAAAGAACGCAGAGAAGACAGAAGAGAACUCGAACGCAGCUUGGAGGAAGCACCGAAGCAGCCAUCUCUCGUCGCCGUUCCUCAAUGUCCAGCCACCGCCGCUGCUACAGCUUCGGCGCAACGUCGCCCUUGUUCGCCGCGCAUCCGCCUCCUUUUUGGCCAAGCUUCUGCGUCUGUUUUUUGGCCAACCCUUGUUCGAGCUGCUUAGCCCUCUGUUCAGUCCUCUACGCCGCGUGUUCGAGCCUCUGUUCAGCCUCUGUUCCGCGGCCUUUCAGCCACCGUUCGCCAUUGUCUGCCUCCAUUCAGCCAUCUCCGUCGCGAUUUAAAGCUCCUCCCUUUCCCUAUCCCACUUAUGUUGUGGCACCUGUUUUGCAAUCUCGCUCGGGCCGUCAAGAUUUGAAAAAGCUGUUUGAAGCAUGGUAUGAGAAGCGUCAAAUGAAAAAGAUAUAUUCCCCUCUUCUUGAAGGACUUCUUUCCCUCUACUUGGGUUUUGAAUGGAUUCAAACAAAUAACAUUCUAGCUCCCAUUAUCACACAUGGCAUAUACUCAACGGUUAUAUUGGGACAUGGCCUUUGGAAAAUUCAUGACCACCGGCGUAGACUACGGCAAAGAAUCCAACAGCUCAAAUCAGAAGAAAGAUAUUCCAAGUAGAUUUUGAAAUACCAUCCAUGGCUGACACAGCUUGAUUCAAAAUUGUAUAUGUAUUAGAGUUGUUAAUCUUGUAAAGGAAAGUUGUAUAAUUAUGUUAGUUGAGAUCUCUUACAUACAGAAUAAGCAAGUUCUGAUUACAAAAUUUUCCAGUUAUGAAUGUUUUCCAAUAAAAUGGGGGAAAAUGUUUGGUGAAACAAAUAGCACAUUUACUGUUCCA